UGUCCAAGAAGGUUACUGUGAUUGGCGAAUAAAAACUCGUCGCGAUGGUAAUAUUGGACACGUUGUGAGCCAGGGUUAAAUAUUUAUCUCCUCCGUUAACGGGUAUCGCGAAUUCUUCGAUUUUGAAUGUAUCUCAGAGCAACGAACUCGCGUACCGGCUGAAAUCUCUAGAGCGCGGUUGUAGUCGUUUGUUAAUUCCUUUGACAGACGCUUUGAAAUUGUUGUUGCUACGUGGUUAGUCCAACGGAAUAGCUUUAUCGGUUACGCGGUAAAAAUAGAUGCUUUAUAAAGAAAAAGGGUGAAAAAGGAAAAUAUCCUCGCAAGUAUCGUAGGAUUUUUUUCUGCAUCCUCCAAUCGUUAUUGAAGGAACCGUUAGAAGUUUCCGUUGUGUGCGCAUUUGAACGAUCUAGUUAUACAUUUGUCAUCUGCGUGCGGGAACCACUCCCGAUUGGUGUUACGGUGUUCCCACGAUAUUCGUUGCUGACUAAGGAGAAGAUAACAAUAUGGCUGUUAAUGUAUAUGCUACAAAUGUGACAACCGAAAACUUGAGCCGGCAUGAUAUGCUGGCUUGGGUAAAUGACUGUCUGCAAUCGUCUUUUACCAAAAUUGAAGAACUAUGUACCGGAGCUGUUUAUUGUCAGUUUAUGGAUAUGCUUUUUCCUGGAAGUGUACCAUUGAAGAGGGUAAAAUUCAAGACCAACCUCGAGCAUGAAUAUAUACAGAAUUUUAAAAUCUUACAAGGUGGUUUUAAAAAGAUGAAUGUAGAUAAGGUAAUACCAGUGGACAAAUUAGUAAAAGGCCGCUUUCAAGACAAUUUUGAGUUUUUACAAUGGUUCAAAAAAUUCUUUGACGCAAAUUACGAUGGCCGCGAGUACGAUGCUUAUGAGGCUCGUGGCUGUAUACCAUUGGGUUCUGGUGUUGAUGGGACGCAUAACUUGUCAAAUCCUCAGUUGGUACCUUUACCUCCUCAAUCAAAGCAGAUGCAAAUGCAACAAAAGCAUAUUCAACAACGUAAUAUUGUCCCUCGCCAACAGCAGGGUAUAGCAACAUCGUUUAACAAAGCACCAGCCCAUCGUCCACAAGUGAAAACGGGAGGCAUUGGAAAUCGUGGGGAUCCUGGUAAAGUCGAGGAACUCAGUGCACAGUUGAUGGAAUUGAAAAUGUCCCUGGAGGGACUGGAGAAGGAAAGAGAUUUCUAUUUCGGAAAAUUACGCGAUAUUGAAGUUAUGUGCCAAGAUUGUGAUAACAAUGGAGAUCCACCACCAAUAGUACAGAAAAUCUUGGAAGUCCUUUACGCAACGGAGGAAGGAUUUGCACCACCUGAAGAAUUAGAAGGAGACGGACUCGCGCCAGACGAAGAGGAAGAAUACUAACUUCAACCUUUUGUACAAUCAUUAAAACGAAAAAACCACAGCAAAUUGUCCAAGUGCGUUUCAGUUUAUUAUGUUUGCGAGCCAGUAUAUACUGGGAUAAUUAAUAAACUACAGUAUCAGUUGCAUAAUUAAUAAACCUACUUUGUAUAGCUGUUUAAGCAUUUGCGCCUUCAUUUUUGUUACAAAGUUUUUCACCGAGGUUCGCACGUGAUUAGGAUAGAAAAAUAUCAGGAAAUAAUGCACUUGAAUAACUUGUAUCCUAUUGACAGGUAAUUAUUAUUAAGAAAGGAACAAAGUUAGCAGUCAUAGGUCUUUAUCGUAAUGCGAAAUAACGGUAGAGUUCUGAACAUCGACAAGUCAUUAAAACUACGAAGAUUAUAAGACAUGAAAUGUUUGGACGGUACUCUAAGUCCAUUUUGUUAUACAGUGAAGUUAUGUUAACUAUGUUUCAUUAAUGUGUGAAUGUUUUUUCGUUUGUAAAUGCACUGGUUUUAUUGCCGAUGUUUUCGGUUUGUCCUUUCGUACCUCGUUGUAGUUUUCUCGAAAAUUGUAGACAUGUUAAAUCCAAUGUAUUUUAAUUCACUUAUCUUGUGCAAUCGUGCAACAAAGUGAAUGAUUACGACCGAUUAUUUGUCACAAAAUGUACCGAUUUUUCCUGUUGCAGAACGAUAAUGUAUGCCAAGUUUAUCUUAAUGCGCAAUUAAAUUGAAUUUUACAAGUUUUA